GAAGAAGAGGAGGAAGCCGGCCCAGGAUGUCAGUGUGCUCGCGAACUUCGGCAUGGGCUCCCGUUACCUUGGAGUUUCUCUUCAGGAGGCAACAGCCCGUCCUCCGGUUCAGCAAGGCAGCGUCUUCAUUACACUGCAGUAGAGUUUUCCAUAAAACCGCACCGUGUAGCCGUGUCAUAAACCCCUUAACUUCAAGAUUCGCAGCAUUUUUUGGCUUCCAGGUGACCAGAAGAAUCAGCAUGUCGUCCGGUGCGAUGUCCCAGAGAAUGGUUUGGGUGGACCUGGAGAUGACAGGUCUGGACAUUGAGAAGGACCAGAUCAUUGAGAUGGCGUGCAUUAUCACAGACUCUGAACUGAACAUUUUGGCUGAGGGGCCCAACUUGAUAAUUAACCAGCCAAACGAGCUGCUGGAAGGGAUGUCAGAGUGGUGUAAAGAGCAUCAUGGAAAGUCAGGACUGACCCAGGCUGUAAAGGACAGUAAAAUCACCCUGGCACAAGCAGAGUAUGAGUUCCUGUCCUUCGUCCGGCAGCACACCCCGCCUGGAUCCUGUCCCCUUGCUGGCAACUCUGUGCAUGCAGAUAAGAAGUUCCUGGACAAGUACAUGCCACAGUUUAUGUACCACCUUCACUACAGAAUCAUCGACGUCAGCACCAUUAAGGAGCUUUGCAGGCCAGUGUUUGCGUGGCUGUGGAGUGUCUGAGAGUUGGUGUGCUGUUUUGCAAAGAUGCACGAGUUGCAGUUUUCCACAUUUGUCUGUACUUUUUGUUUGUUUAGCAUACUUUUAGCUCAUCUAAUCAAGGCCAUGUUAUUUACUCAGGCCCCACUAAAAAUCUGUGUCCCAUUCAUUAGUUUGCAUGUCAAAGACCCAGUUUUAAUAUUGCACUGCUGAGUAGGUUCCGUAGCUCAAUGAUAGUGUCUCCUCUUAGUAGGGCUGCCCCCUAAUAGUCGACUACAAAGGUCAUAAGUCAGCAAGAUUUCAUUGGUCGAUUAGUCACAGCAAAAAAAAAAAAAAACGUAACUCAAUAUUAGGAGCUGUGCCUUGUCAAAAUAAAUCAAAACCUGUAUGAUUGGACCAUAUGGGACUUUAAUUUGAAAGGACAGACACAGGAAGUGUCCACGCUCAGCAGUCAGACAGGAGUCAGGUUAAUUUCCAGGGCUGGUACCUGCGGUUAUUCCACAGGCUAGUUAAUAACAUGUCGGGCAGGAAAUCCAAAGUGUGGGAUCAUUUUGAGAAGGUGAAGGACGAACCCAAGGUGAUAUGUAAACUCAUCUUCAUUGGUCGACUACAAACAUGACGUAUCAUCUGAAACAUGGAAGUAGCUACAUGCCCAUUAGCCCACAGCGUCAUUAACAGGCGGCUCGCUCAGUGUGUGACGUGCACUUGUAGAUAAAAUAUAGGCCUAUAUUAAUGAAGGUUCAUUAGUACGGUUUUGUAUUUCUCUGUAAUGUAGCACAGUGUUAACAAUGUUACUGAUACUAUUCUUUCUCACACCUUCAACUCAAACCAUUGUGUUGUCCCGCCCAAAAUUUAUAUUUAAUUAACAGGGGGCGGCCCUACUACUUAGCAGUGCAUCAGAAUAAAUUAAAGAUAGUAUGGCAUUCUCUUCAGUUUGAUUGCUUUAUUAGACAAAUAUUUUGUUCUAUAAACGUAUACAGACGGUGGUAUCCAGAGGAAUACAAGAACGUGCCUCUCAAGAAAGCAGCCCACAGAGCCUUGGAUGACAUCCACGAGAGCAUUAAAGAGCUGCAGUACUACAGAGCCAACGUCUUCAAAGCCUCAACGGAGGAGAAGAAGCGCAAGAUUGUAGAAAAUGGAGGCAGCAACAAUAGUUAGCAGUCUUUAGUGUU